AUGGCCUCACCUACCCCCGACCUCUCCAGUCCCCGAUCUUCCAUCUCCUCAACAUCCACCCGCCCACGCAGCGAGUACAUAGACGAGAACGGCGUCUAUGUCUAUAACGACUCGAGUCCAUUUUCAGAGGUCCGAGAACGAGAACAUGAACUUGGACAUGGACAUACCUGCGAGCCACAGUCUCCCAGCUACGCCUGUCUCUUCCAUACACUAGACUGCCACGAAGCCUUCGACGACGUCGACGAAUGGCGCACCCACAUAACCAGCCAUUUCCGAUCCCACCCGACGCCCUCGACGGCGCGCUGUCCAAUGUGCGCAAACACAAAUACCGGGCAGACGUUGGCGGGUAGUCGGCCGGAUUUCGAGCUCAUGCGGUAUUUGUAUGGGAUGCGGGUUAUCACCGAUGCGCAGUUCAAGGCUAUGCAGUUGCCGCCUGCGCCGUCGAGUCCUGCAUAUCAUCGCGCGCAGGAUGGUGUCAGGGCGAGUAUUGGCUCCGCUGAUGAACCUUAUUGUGCGCCGUAUAGUAAGCGGAGAGAGCAGAGGAUGAGGCAGCAGAGGGGUGUUGGGGUCGUGUAG